AUUAAAAAAAUGUUGCUAGGUAGCAGCAGCCAUCCUCCAGAAGGGGUGAUUGUUCGAGUCAGUACCAUGAGCCAUAAUUCCCAAGCCUUCUACACCAACAAUGCCGGACUUCCCCCAAGUUAUGAGACAAUCAAAGAGGAGUAUGGGGUGACCGAGCUGGGGGAACCCCACAACUCAGCUGUUGUGAGAACUACCGUGAUCAACAUGCCCAGAGACGUUGCUGUGCCUGACCAUGUGGUCUGGUCCCUGUUCAACGCGCUCUUCAUGAACUUCUGUUGCCUGGGUUUCAUUGCCUAUGCCUACUCUGUGAAGUCCAGGGACAGGAAGAUGGUGGGCGAUGUGAUUGGAGCCCAGGCCUACGCCUUCACUGCCAAGUGCCUCAACAUCAGUUCCCUGAUCUUCAGUGUCCUCAUGGUCAUUAUCUGCAUCAUUAUUGUCUCCACCACCUCUGUGGCAGUCAUUCAAGCCUUUUCACAAAGAGUGCCACAUUCUGGGUUCUAGUCCUGCCCUGUGCUCCACAGUCCAUGGCUGCCCGCCCCAGGCUGAGGCCUUCACCCUUUGUUUACCCUACGCAUAUGCAAAUGUUACUUUCAUAUAUAUCUGUCCACAGUGGAUCCAAUAAAGUAUGCACGGUGACAAAAAAAAAAU